UGCGUUGCUUAUAAGAGCCACCUCUCUGCUCCCCCCGCACAUCAUGUGUUCGAUAAAAGGCAUCAGAGAGAGGAAAUCAUUGGAAGCCUUUGCAUUGGCUGUAAUUUUGAUUGCUGGCCAGUGGAUCUUCUCUUCUGUACGUGGUACGUGUUUCAUUCCGUUAGCUAUAAAACCACGAAGAAGAUACCGAACCAUUAUCAAAAAUCGGACAAACUUUUGCAAGAUGUCUGUGAAGAUUUUCUUCUGGGCUCUCAUAUUGAGACUUGGACUUUCGGCAAGUGAUAAUUUUACAUACAAUGGAUUCAAGGGCGUGAACCUCAGCCUGGAUGGUUUAGCAGGAAUUACAUCUGAUGGUCUCCUGAUGCUGACCAAUGCUACCACACAUAAGACUGGCCAUGCUUUCUUUCCUUCUCCACUGAGGUUCAAAAAAUCUCAGGCUGAUAAUGUUCUCUCUUUCUCUACCACAUUUGUCUUUGCCAUUAUCCCUGAGGACCAAACGGUUGGGAGUGGUGGGUUUACUUUUGUUCUCUCACCUUCAAAAGACUUGACACAUGCUUCUUCAGGUUAUUUACUUGGCAUUGUCAACGAGACAAACAAUGGAAAUGCAUCCAAUCAUAUCUUGGCUGUUGAGUUUGACACAUGGAAAAGCCCUGAAGCAGAAGACAUUAAUAGCAACCAUGUUGGCAUUGACAUCAAUGGCUUUAUAUCUUAUAACUCAACAUCUGCCGGUUUUACACCAGACGAUAAUGGUAAAUUUCAGAACCUAACCCUUUUGAGUGGCGAGCCAAUGCAAGUCUGGAUAGAAUAUAAUGGUACAAACAUGGAGUUCAAUGUAACUUUAGCUCCCCUCUGGAAGCCUAAACCCAAGAUUGCUCUCCUAUCAUCCACCGUAAAUCUAUCUAGCAUUUUUUUGGACCGUAUGUAUGUUGGUUUCUCUGGUUCAGUGGGAACUCUUUAUUUGUACCAUUAUAUUCUUGGUUGGGGCUUUAAUAUAGAUGGCGACGCUCCUGAGCUUAACUUAUCAAGCCUCCCUUCACUGCCUCAAAACUUGAUGUCAUCGGAGAAGAAACGAAAGACUCUAUUGCUAUGGCUGUCCUUGACGCUUUUGCUUGUUCUAUUGAACGUUGCUUGUGCCACACUGAUGGUGGUAAGGAAGAAAAUGUUCUCAGAGUUACAUGAUGACUGGGAGCUAGAAUUUGAGUCCAACAGAUUCCCUUACGAGCAACUAUACAAGGCAACUAGAGGUUUUAAGGGUAGGUAUCUUCUUGGAAUUGGAGGUUUUGGUAGGGUGUACAGGGGACUUCUGCCAGCUUCUAAAGUGGAAGUGGCAGUUAAGAGAGUCACCCAUGAGUCCAAACAAGGAGUAAGGGAGUUUGUGGCAGAGAUUGUGAGCCUGGGCAAGCUUAGGCAUCGAAACUUGGUUCAGCUCUUGGGGUACUGCAGGCGCAAAGGAGAGUUACUUUUAGUGUAUGAGUACAUGCCAAAUGGUAGCCUUGAUAAAUUUCUAUUCAGUGAAGCCAAACAAAGUCUUGCUUGGAGUCUGAGAUUUCGGAUAAUCAAGGGUGUGGCAUCUGGUCUCCAGUAUUUGCAUGAUUGUUGGGAUCAAGUUGUGAUACAUAGGGACAUUAAGGCGAGCAAUGUGUUGCUGGAUGGUGAUAUGAAUGGGAGGCUAGGUGAUUUUGGACUUGCAAGGUUAUAUGAUCAUGGUGCUGUUACUCGGACUACCAAUGUGGUUGGAACUCCUGGUUUUCUGGCACCUGAGCUUGCUAGAACUUGCAAGGUCACAACGAGCAGUGAUGUGUUUGCCUUCGGGGCUUUCCUACUUGAGGUUGCUUGUGGGAGGAGGGCCUUAGAACCAAAUAAACAAGAGUUGGAACAGGUUUUGGUGGACUGGGUGUUUGCAAAUUGGAAAAAGGGAACCAUAUAUGAGACAAAGGACCCGAGAUUGGGAAAAGAUUUUGUGUUGGAGGAGUUAGAUUUGGUUUUGAAACUUGGAUUGCUUUGUUCACAUCCUUCGCCUUCAGCAAGGCCAAGUAUGAGGCAAAUUACACGGUUCCUAAAUGGAGACGUGCCUCUCCAGAUGCUUCCUUAUCAAUGUCAUGCCGGUGGUAGUUUUUGAUUCAAAAAUGAAUUAAGCAGAAGGGACUGAAGCAUGUAGUUUUAUAGCCGUGUGAUGAAUGGAACUCUUGUAUUAGAAGCACUUUUGAGUUUAUUCCUAUAUAUUUGUAACUCAUCUGUGACCAC